AUGAGCAGGCCCUGUCCCUACCCUCACGGCUGGAGAACAGGUUCGGGCCUGCUCAGAUGCCCCCUCCAGCGUGGCUCCCAGGCCACUCCCAGACAUCCUAGCAGCCAGAGGAGGUCCCAAAGGGUGCAGAACCAGCACCAUCCAGGCAAGUCCAGCCCCCAGACCCUAGUGUCUGCCCCCUGGCUUCACUUCCUGUCCACACAGUGUGGAUGCCAGUCUUGCCCUCUGCCACUUACCCUGUGGCCCCAGGUAAAGCAGUCCGGACCGCUCAGGCUGAGGGAUCACACAGCAGGGAUGGAUGGUAGGGGCAGGGGUGGCCAAAGGAGCAGGCCUGGUGACAGGAAGCAAAGCAGCCAGCGAGUGAGCCGCCCCAGGCAGGGCAGCACAGACCUGGCUUCACCAGAGGGAGGGGCCAGCACUCGGAAAGCAACUCCCCAGGCCUGGUGUGGCCCCGCAGGGCAAGGCGGCAAGGUGGGUGGGGACAGCCACCAGGGCCUGGCGCCUGCGAACAGAGUAGACGGUCCUCAGACGGCAGUGAGUUUAAAGGCAGAGCAGCCUGCAGCCCUUGCACCUGGGUGUCAGCUGCGCUCCAGCGGGGUCAGGGCCAGUCCAGCAAGGAAACAUUAA